AUGGCUCUGCAGCUAGGGGAUGCAAAGCUCACUAAAUUGGGGCUCAUGAUGCCUACCACCAAUAUCGACAGGCGGAACAGUGAGAGGGUAGUGCCCAUGAAAGUGCUCUGCCUCGGACAAGGGAGAACUGGCACUGCUUCAUUGCGAACAGCGUUAAUGCACCUCGGCAUCAGAGAUGUCUACCACAUGGUGACGGUUGUUGAUGAGAACCCCUCAGAUGUUUCGAUGUGGGUUGAAGCAAUCGACGCAAAAUACAAGGGAAUCGGAAAGCCGUAUGGAAAGGAGGAAUUCGACAAGCUGCUCGGCCAUUGCAUGGCUGUGUCUGACUUUCCCUGCAUUAUGUUCAACGAGGAACUCGUUGCAGCCUAUCCCGAUGCCAAGAUCCUCCUCACUGUCCGUGACGAUGUGGAGUCUUGGUAUAAGUCCGUGAUGAAUACACUUUGGACUGGCAACUUCAUGUUCGGCCGUCCAACCACCAUUCUCCAAACGAUCGUACAAAGCGUCGUUCCCAGGCCCAGCCCUUGGCCAGUCUUGCAGCGACUUUACCGCCUCACGCCCUUAGGGAAUUUCCCUGCGGAGGGACGAGAUUGGUAUAAAUCAUACAAUGAGAACGUACGGAAGUUGGCAGAAGGAAAGCAGUUCUUGGAAUACAAUGUUAAGGAGGGAUGGGGUCCGUUGUGCAAAUUUCUGGAGGUUGAGGAGCCUGACAUGCCGUUCCCGAGAGUCAAUGAUACCAAGGCGUGGCAGGACUACGUCAAGAAGACCAAUAUGCAAUCUCUGCUUGAACUUUUGGGCAAAGCUGGGAAGGUUGUCAUACCACUCGCUAUGGGAAGUUUCGCCCUGUGGUACAUGAGAACAAAACUAUGA